UAGCUCUUUAGAGACAUGAGUAGCUUUAAUUUGUGGAAGAUGAUCGAUCUUAUGAAAUAGAGUUCCUUCGCUUAUUUUAUCCUCAGAAUUCACGCAAUCAAAGCUCAAAAGAUGAAGUUACUUGGAUGGAUGCACAGAAAAUUUCGCCAGAAUAGCACUGAACCGUUUAAAGAUCACUUGGUUAUUGGGAAGGCAGGACAUGAAAUUGAUGAACGCAGUUACCAUCUGAAACCGAACUUUGGGAGCAAACAUGUCCAACAAAUUGAGAAAGAGCACAGCCUUAGAAAAUCUUUCAGUGGUCAGGAAGCUGCAGAUGCAAGAGUAGAAGAUGAUGAGUACGUGUAUGAGGAAGAUGGUGCUAUGUAUGAGCUUUUCCAUGGGUUCCUCGCAAUUGGAACUCUUGGGCUUGGGUGCAGUACUGAUCCAUCAGCAACACCAACAUUUGGCAAUAUCUGUGUUGAGAAUAUAAUUACUGAAAAGGAAGAUGAAGUGACUGAGAAUGAAUUGAAGCUGAUCAAUGAUGAGCUCGAGAAAGUUCUUGGAGAUGAUGAGUGUAUUAAUUCUGCCAGAAAUAGCCAUGUAAGUAGCAGUACUGCAGGGAGAAGUAGUCAUGGAAGCAUGAUAUCAUUGAGCGGAAAGCCAAUGAAUAUGAUGGAAGGUAAUUCUGGUAAUAUUGGAACUUCUUCAAUUUGUCCACUUCAGGGUUAUCUUUUUGGAUCAGCUUCCAUUGAAUUACCAAAAGUAGUACCAGCAAAGAGUAGGACAUCACUUGGGGAGCUAUUUCAGAGAAGCAAACUAGCAGACCAGGAGAUUAAUGAAAAGGGUGAUAAAAUCAGUGAAAAAGAAGAUAAAUCUGCCCUGCAUCUGGUAAGAAAGAAGCUAAAAAAAAAAAUAUUGCUCCAUACUUGUUCCCGAAACUCCUCCUCAAAUAACGGUGGACCUGUUGAUUCAGCUAAUUCAGCAGACACAAAAUUGCGUAAGAUUCUCCAUAUGUUCCACAGGAAAGUUCACCCUGAAAAUUCAGCAGCUGAACCAAAGAAUGAGUGUAAAAAGAAAACAAUCAAUGUGGACGGAGGCCAUAACAAAUUUGAAGCAUUAGUUCCAAAGGAAAGCAACAAGAGCCAAUCAAAUCCAGUACUCCAGUUUAGCCUUGGCAUUGAAGAUUCAUCAGAGAAUAGGGAGCACUGGAUCAAAACUGAUUCGGAUUACUUGGUCUUGGAGCUCUAGCUAGGAGGCCGCAAAGGAAGAAAUUGAGCUGUUUUUAAGCUAUAUCGUCCUCAGAAAUUAAUAAUGUGUUAAUUUGUAAGAUUUUCUCUAAUUUGCGAUCGAGGAGCAAGUAUUAAACAUAUUAUAUAUCAUUUGUAUGUCAAUUAUAUAUGUAUGUAUGGUUUCAAUCUGAAGCAUCAUUUUGCAUGUGCAAGUA